AGCCGCGUCCCCGACGGGAAGAUGGCGCAGCUGUCGGCCUUCGGGCUGGUGGAGCUGGUGCUCAACGCCGCCGCCCUCCUGUGCGGGGUCAUUUGCGCCUCCGCGCUCACCGUCACCCAGGGGGAAUUUGACGGCAAAUGCAUCCUGUACGGGGAAGUCCUCUACAAUGGGCAGCUGACCUUAAGUAGCUCCAGCAGCCUUUCUCUCUGCUACUUCGUCUCGGCGAUCUCCAUCAUGGGGGCCAUCUUCUCCUUUGCGGUCCUUCUCUUCAAGAUUUAUCAUUGUUGCUUUAGCAGUGGACAGACAGCCCACGGCUGGUUCAAGUGCUCCUUGGUGCUCCUCGCCGGCGUCCUCUUCUUCUUGCUCGUCUCGGCCUUCAUCCUUCGGUUCGGCAUGGAUGCUCUCUGCACGUCCAUCCAGAAAUCUGUAGCUGUACAAAGUUGCCAAGACGCUCAGCACAGCCCUUGGGUCAAACCUUACCAUGCUGAAAGGUUCUACGACAACCUCUACACGGCAGAGGCAGCUGCCUGGGUCAACUUCUUAUUCUGGUGCCUGAUGGUGGCUCUACUCAUUGUGGAGCAUUUCAGCAAACCCUCUUCACGUGACGAGACGACACCCAUCAUUGGAGAAGGACCGCACAUCCCUUGAUGACGUGGAGGAGAAGACUGUACCAUGGCUGCUGUGCGUGGACCAGCUUUGGGGAGCCCUUUCCCCUUCCAUUCCCUGUAAGCAACUUGAAGGAGAUGUGUGCCUCUCUACUUUCGCGUGUCAAGAGUGUGGAUCUUUCCAAGGGAGCAUCUCUCAGCCUCUGACGGCCAAAGACUUUCUAAAACAAAGUGCUGGGACUGCUAAGGCCUUCUUGGUCCUGGAAACCGCUUCUUCUCCAUCUCGCCCUUCCCAUAACUACUCCCUGCCCCCACCCCAAAAUGGCCAAUUUCUACUAGAAAACCAUGCAAGGCAAGUCAGCGUGACAGGCAGAUGUCCAUGGAAACAAUCUCUAGUUGUCCUGAGAAUGGGUGGAUGAGGAAAUCUACAUGUUCGCCUAGUGUCGAGCCCCAUUCAGCCCUACACCUCUGGGUUCCCCUUGCCAAGAGCUCAGGGCCCCAAUUAAUAACCGGCACGUCUGCUCUGGGCACCGGCUGGCAAGAAGGGCUCCUUCGCCAUUUGCCAAUUCCUUCGCCAAGAUCGGUGGUCCUUCUUGCGUCGACGGAAGAGCUCAGAAUUCAAAGAAUACAGCAGAUACUUUUUUCCACGGAGUAACAUCACUUUAUUAAAGUGUGACUAAGAAAAGAGAGAGAUGCGGGGUGGGGGGACACAAAAAGAAGCAGCCGGGUUUUGAGCCCCUUCUGCAUUUUACUCCGGCACCAUCUCACAAGACGUGAAACCUCAGAGACCCUUUAACGAAAGACCCUCCAGCCCCCACGUGGCGUUCCUCAGCCUUCUGUGCUCCGGCAUCUUCUUCCAGCCUGGAUCGCCAAGAGAUGGGGGAGAAAGCUGGACGGAGUCACCGGAAGGUGAUGGGAUUCCGGUGGCGGCUUGUUCAAUGCUUUGAUUCUCCGGGACGCAAGACAUAGAAGGUGUGGAGGGGAAGGGGGAGCACAGAGCGCAAACACCCGCCUAAGCACACAAGGUUUAUUUAAGGCAUAAACUGAUGAGAACUCCUGGCUGGCUCUUCUCUCUGGUGGACGUCCAAGAGCAGGUCUUGGGCAAAAUGUGGGCAUGGGGGUCUGUACGUACCUCUGCACCCCACCCCAAAGAUCCCAAACUUCUUCAGCCGUGCAGAGCACCUGCGUGAGGGGCCCCAGGGAAGAGUGGAGUGGCCGGUGGCCCCCUGGGUUCGGAUCAGAUCCAGUUAAGGGCAAGUCUGUUUAUGAGUCAGGGGUCAGAGAAGUUUCCACUUAGGGUUCAUUUCCUCUCCCCACAAAUUUUGUUCUUCAAAUAUUCACAUUAAAGGUGGUGUUUGUGACACUUGUUGGUCCCAGCCGUAACCUCUGGGUGGCGCUGUGAUACAGCAGAGCAGCGCAAAUACACAAAGGAAA